CGAGUCGAAUCUACGAAUUUGUAGAUUUUGACUAAGAGAGAGAUUAAAGCGAUUAUAUUCCUUUUUGUUUUUCUUCAACACAGAAAACAUGGGCUCUCUCCUCUUACUUUGUAUCAUCUCUUUCUCUACAAUAUCUUAUUCUCUAGGUGCUACAACUCCGUUUCUAGAUGGGUUUCUUGCGAAUGGCAACUUUGAACAAGGGCCAAGCUCGACAAAAAUUAAGAAUACGGUAAUCUUAGGGAAGUACUCAUUGCCCAAAUGGGAAAUCUCGGGUGUGGUGGAAUAUGUGCACGGUGGACCCCAACCAGGUGGGUUCUAUUUUGCAAUUCCACGUGGGGCCCACGCAGCAAGGCUAGGCAACGAAGCCUCUAUAUCCCAAAAUGUUGAUGUUAAACCAGGGAGAGUGUAUUCCCUUACGUUUGCGGCCACAAGGACUUGUGCUCAAGACGAGGUGUUAAGAGUCUCGGCUUCUGGUCAAUCAAGUGACCUUUCGAUCCAAACAUUGUAUAGCAGCGAUGGAGGUGACACUUAUGCUUUUGCUUUCAAGGCUACUUCAAGUCAAAUCAAAGUCACAUUUCACAACCCUGGUGUACAAGAGGACCCCACUUGUGGGCCCCUCUUGGAUGCCAUUGCAAUCAAGGAAAUGCUUCCUUUGACCUACACCAAAGGAAACUUGGUGAAAAACGGCGAUUUUGAAAAUGGUCCACAUGUGUUCAAGAACUACUCAACCGGAGUCCUCUUACUCCCCAAAAUACACGACAUAGUUUCCCCACUCCCAGGGUGGAUCGUUGAGUCGCUCAAACCAGCAAAAUACAUCGACUCCAAGCACUUCAUGGUGCCACAUGGCCUUGCAGCUAUCGAGUUAGUAGGAGGGCGAGAAACCGCAAUCGCACAAAUCAUUCGUACAGUUCCCAAUAAAUCCUAUGUACUGUCGUUCACCAUUGGAGAUGCGGGGAACAACUGCCAUGGAUCGAUGAUGGUGGAGGCUUUUGCAGGAAACGAGACUGUGAAAGUGAAGCAUGAAUCGAAAGGAAAGGGUGACUUGAAGAUUGCUACUCUCAAGUUUAUAGCUACUUCGAUCCGAACAAGGCUUACAUUUUAUAGUGCUUUUUAUCAUAAUAAGCUUAAUGACUAUGGACACUUUUGUGGGCCGGUGUUGGAUAAUGUUAAGGUAUUGUCUAUUAGAGAGAAGUGAUGAACUCAAUGAGUUGGAUGUUGUAUUUGUAUACUGGUAUUAUAAGAGAGAUAUUUUCUUAAAGUGUGUGAGGG